AUGAAACCACUCUCUUACAAGAUAUCGACAAUCGCUGGUCAGGGUUUGAUUUCGGAACAAGAUAAUUUGAAAGCAAGUUUUGGUUUUGCAUCAAUGAUCUUUAUGAAUAGGAAUGAGAAGGGAGAACAAGUUGAAGAUAUACUUCUUGUUGAUGAUAUCAAUUUAGCUGUUAGGAGAUUAACUUUUAGAAAGAAUGAUCAGAAUGAGUUCAUACCUUCGACAGUAAAAGUAUUGGCUGGUGGUAUUCCUAUGGAACCUUCACUAGCAUAUAUGAAACCUAAGUUAUUGACAAUUUCUGAAGGAGGUGAUGAUGAUGAGAAUGGUAGAGGAGAAAUUUAUGUGUUUGAGGAGAGGAAUGGAGGAAUGAUCAAGAAGAUUGACAGGAAGGGAGAUUUGCAAUUAAUUGCCAAAUCCUCGAGUGAUUCAUUCGUAUGUGAAGAAGUGAGCUUGGAUAAGGCAAAUUGGGUCUCAAUUUCGGAUAUGAAAUAUUCAAGAGAAGGAAUGGAGGAGGUUUUAUAUCUUGUUGAUUCUAAAAAGAUUAUUUUGAGAGCUUCCCUAACAAGAAGAACUAUCAAAGCAAUAACUAAAUGUGUAAAAGAUAUUACAAAUGCUAUAAUUGAUAGUGCCGAUCCUUCAGAUUUCAUUGAAAUUAAUAGUAUUUUUGUAAGAAAGAAUAGCGAAAAUAAGGUAAUUCUAUAUGUUGCUGACAGUAACUCAUUGAAAAAGAUUGAGCAAGAUGGAAAUGUAUCCAAAAUUGCUGGAAAUGGAAAAGAUUACCUGACUGAUGCAGAUGUAUCUACCAACGCACUAAACACAACAGUUUAUCCAACCAAGAUAUUUGUAAAUUCUGGAGGAGAAAUUUUAUUCACAGAAAUGAAGUUUAACAAAAUCAGAAAGUUAGACAUUCAUGGAAAUGUUGUAUCUAUCCAAAGAAAUCCGUUUGUCCUCUCGAAGGGAGUGCUUCAGUCACCUCUCACUAAUAAUAUUUACUUUGAGGAACAUAAUAUAAUUUACAAAAUGACAGAUAAGGGAAAUGAACCAAUGUUUGGAAAUGGAACUAUUAACAGUCUUAAUGGAGUACAUGCCAUGCAAGCAAGAAUUAAUCCAAUUUCAGUACAAGUUUCAUCCAAAUCUGGAAAGGAUAUUAUUACUGUUUUGGAUUCUGAGGAAUAUUUCAAAUCAAGAGUAAUUGAUGAAAAUCAAAUUAUUCAAACAGUAAUAGGAGGAGGAAUAUAUAAUUUAUUGGAUAUUGAAGGGAUUGAUGCAUUGAGUGUUCAAUUUGUAAAGAAUGUUAAAAAUUCAUUCAGAUCCAACAAUGGAGAUCAAUAUAUUGUGCUGAGCUCAGAAUUAUUCAAAAUCAAUGAUGAAGGUAAACUGGUUAGAGUUAUUGGAUCUGGUUCAAAAUUUGCAGGAGAUGGUCAUAGUGCUUUGUCAGCUAUCCUUAAUGAACCAAGUGGUGUUUUUUAUUCGAAAACAUUAGGAAAAACCUUUAUUGCAGAUUCAAAGAAUGACAGAGUUAGAGUUAUUUCUAAAGAGGGUGUUAUCUCAACUAUCAUUGGUAAAUUGGAGGGCACUGUAGAUAACCCAAGAGAUGUGAUGGAAAGAAAUGGAUAUUUGUACUACGCUGAAAGAUCAAUUAUUUGCAAAAUUGAUUUGGUAUCGAAUGAACUAGAAGUUAUGGUUGGUAAUAGACAAACUUCUUUUAAUGGUGAUGGAAAGAAAGGAAAUGAAACAUCUAUUGGUCCAGAGAGUAUUUAUGUGACUGAAGAAGGUGAUAUUUACUUUGCUGACAUUUCAAAUCAUCGAAUUAGAAAGUGGACAAGAAAAACCGAUCUAGUUUCAACAAUUGCUGGAACUGGUGUGCAAGGCUCCAGUGAAGAUGGAAUUCUGGCAACAAAUUCCACAAUUGACUCACCAUCUGGUGUCUAUUUGAAUAGAAAGGGAGAGGUUUAUUUUGUGGAAAGUGAGAGCCAUAAAAUCAGAAAGAUUACAUCUGAAGGCAAACUCUUAACCCUCUUCCAAGUGAGAUCUCCACACCGAUUGAUUGUUACAAGUAAUGACGAAGUUAUUGUUUCACAUGAUGCAUUCAUUACCAAAUAUUCGAAUGGUGAGGUAACAGCAGUUGCAGGAUCUAGAAUGAAAUCGUAUCCCGAAUUGGACGAUGAUCCAUUCGAAACAUAUUUUGGUUCAAUUGGUGGUCUUUCAUUUGGAGAGACAGAAUCGGAUUUACUCUUUGCCAAUCCAAAAUUUGAUUUAAUUAGAAAGAUUUCAAAUGGAUCCCUAUCGAAUGUUGCAGGUAGUCAUGGAGACGGAUUGAAUGCACUCGAAGCUAGAUUUAUGGAUAUUUCCUCUGUGGUAGUGAGUCCAGACAAUGAGUUGUUCAUUGCCGAUUCAAUGGAUCAUACUAUUAGAAAAGUUUCUAGUGACGGUAUUGUUUCAACCAUUGCUGGUGUCUCACAAAUUCAUGGCUAUAACUUAUAUGAUCCACAAGAGAGCAUUCUCAAUGGACCUACUUCACUUUCUAGUGCAAAAAAUGGUGAUUUAUUCUUCAUCGAUCAAAAGAAUUAUGUCAUUCGAAAGAUUUCCAAUGGAAUAGUUACCACAAUUAUUGGAACACCAAACGAGAGAUGCGAUAUGGAAGAAGGAAAGAGAGGAAGAGAAACCUGUUUGAGUAUGCCACAAAGUCUCGCAGUUUCACCAGGAGGAGAUGCUCUUGUUUUUUCUGAUCUCUCAACAAUAGGAAUUUUCCAUUACAACCUCAAUGAUGAGAAUGCAGUUAUUAGACGAAUUGCUGGAUUUGAAAAUGUUAUAGGAUAUAAUGGAGAUGGAGAAGCCACUACAACAUUGAUUUCACAUGUGCCAAGUUUGGCAUUCUCUAACGAUGGUUUAUCCGUCUAUUUUGUUGAUAGCAGUAAUAAUCUUAUUAGAAAGCUAUCACCUUAUUGUCCAGAGGAUUAUGAACUCUCUGAAAAAUUACAACAAUGCACUGAGAAAGUCAUUCCACAUCCUAACGAGAGUCCAAAGAAACCAAAACCUCAUUUCUCAAUGUUCAUUCCAGGGAAUUCUAACAUGAGUGGAAUGAUUAGUGAAAAUCUUAUGGCUCUACUUCUAGUAACAAUUGGAUCUGUACUCAUUUUGUCAAUCAUUCUGGCAGGAGCUAUUUAUUACUUGCUCAAGAAUAGAGAAAGUCAAAAACAUUAUCAGAAAGUUGAAAGAGAUGAAAUUCCUGAAGAUGUGGAUGAUAAUGAUAUAGGAAAAUUCUCACUUGGAGCUGAUCUUGAAGAAGAAGAAGAAGAAACAGAGGAUAUUGAAAUGAUUUAA